AUGGUGAAAAUCUCUGUCGAGAUAUGCAUAAUAUCAGCUCGAGGAGUAAGAGCUUCACCUUCACUCUGGAAACACCAAUGGUACGCAGUUGGUUGGGUUGAUCCAACCAACAAAUACAUCACAAAAGUUGAUGCUUCCACCAACACAAACCCUCAUUGGAGAACAAAGUUUUCUGUUCCAGUUGAUAAUUCUGAUCCUAGUUUUCAUGAUCUUGCAUUGAAUGUUGAAGUUUAUAGCAGAGACCCUUUUUUCUUCUCAGAGAAACUUCAUGGUUCAGCUACUGUUCUUCUCAAAGAGUUUCUUGCAAAAGAGAUGCAGAAUGAAGAAAUUGGAAGCUAUCAGUUGAGAAAGAAGAAGGAUAAUAAACCAAGAGGGUUUGUUGAUGUUUCUGUUCGUGUUUUUGAAGAUAAAGAAGAAUCAAAUUCUUACGCAGGUAAUGAGGGAGGAGGAAUAAUGCUCUUAGAUAAUGGUGGUAAUAAGGGUGGGAAUGGACAAAGAUAUCACCGACAAAUGGAUCCAGCUUCAUUCAAUGCACCUUUUAAACAAGCACAAACUAAUGUACCCUACUCACAUCCAAUGCCAUUUCCUUCAAACUACUCUAACCCUUAUGUGGGUGGACCAACCUAUCCUGCAGCUACUGGAGCUGGACCAAGUUAUCAACCACUCAGAACUCCACCACCACCACCUCCCGCGUCAAAUUUCGGUUAUGUUCCCACUUUUCAUCAAAGUAAUGAUGGGUUGGCACCAAGUUAUUUUAAUAUGCCAUCAUCAUCAGGGACAGCUCCUAGGCAGAGGGGACCUCCAGGAUUUGCAAUGGGAGCUGGUGCUGGUGCAUUGGCUGCUGGUGCUGUAAUGUUUGGUGAUAACUCAAUGUCAGGAUUUGAUUUUUCUUCAGGUAUUGGAGAUCCUGCUCUUUCUAUUGCAACUGAUCCUCUUUUCUAA